AUGGCGGCGGAACUGGUGGAGGCCAAAAACAUGGUCAUGAGUUUCCGAGUCUCCGACCUUCAGAUGCUCCUGGGUUUUGUUGGCCGGAGUAAGAGCGGACUUAAACACGAACUUGUCACGCGGGCCCUCCAGCUGGUCCAGUUUGACUGUAGCCCCGAGCUGUUCAAGAAAAUCAAGGAGCUCUACGAGACGCGCUACGCCAAGAAGAGCUCAGAGCCUGUACCCCAACCCCACCGGCCCCUGGACCCUCUGACCAUGCACUCCACCUAUGAGCGGGCCAGCUCGGUACCCAGGACUCCCCUCACUGGCCCCAACAUUGACUACCCCGUGCUCUACGGGAAGUACUUAAAUGGACUUGGACGGUUGCCUGCCAAGACCCUCAAGCCAGAAGUGCGCCUGGUGAAGCUGCCCUUCUUCAACAUGUUGGAUGAAUUGCUGAAGCCCACGGAGCUGGUUCCACAGAAUAACGAGAAGCUUCAGGAGAGUCCCUGCAUCUUCGCCUUGACCCCCAGACAGGUGGAGCUGAUCCGGAACUCCAGAGAACUGCAGCCUGGGGUCAAGGCCGUUCAGGUUGUCCUAAGAAUCUGCUAUUCAGACACCAGCAGCCCUCAGGAAGACCAGUACCCACCCAACAUCGCUGUGAAAGUCAACCACAGCUACUGCUCGGUGCCGGGCUACUACCCCUCAAACAAGCCUGGAGUGGAGCCCAAGAGGCCGUGCCGCCCCAUCAACCUUACCCACCUCAUGUACCUGUCCUCGGCCACCAACCGCAUCACUGUCACCUGGGGCAACUACGGCAAGAGUUAUUCCGUGGCCUUGUACUUGGUGCGGCAGCUGACCUCCUCGGAGCUGCUGCAGAGGUUGAAGACCAUCGGGGUCAAGCACCCGGAGCUGUGCAAGGCACUGGUCAAAGAGAAGCUGCGCCUGGACCCUGACAGCGAGAUCGCCACCACGGGCGUGCGGGUCUCCCUCAUCUGCCCGCUGGUGAAGAUGCGGCUGUCGGUGCCCUGCCGCGCGGAGACCUGCGCACACCUGCAGUGCUUCGACGCAGUCUUCUACCUCCAGAUGAACGAGAAGAAGCCCACCUGGAUGUGCCCGGUGUGUGACAAGCCGGCGCCCUAUGACCAGCUCAUCAUUGAUGGGCUCCUCUCCAAGAUCCUGAGCGAGUGCGAGGACGCGGACGAGAUUGAGUAUUUGGUGGAUGGCUCGUGGUGCCCGAUUCGCGCCGAGAAGGAGCGCAGCUGCAGCCCCCAGUGCCCCAUCCUCGUGCUCGGCACCUCGGACGCCAAUGGGCUCCUCUCUACCCCCAGCGUCAACGGCGGGGGCGGCAGCGUGCUUGGGAGUGCGGGCAGUGGAGGUGGCCCAGUGGGCAGCGUGGAGAAUGGGAAGCCGGGAGCUGAUGUGGUGGACCUAACGCUGGACAGCUCGUCAUCCUCGGAGGAGGAGGAGGAAGAAGAAGAGGAUGAGGAGGACGAGGACGAGGAGGGCCCCCGGCCCAAGCGCCGCUGCCCCUUCCAAAAGGGUCUGGUGUCGGCCUGCUGA